AUGAAGGAGUUGUUGGUGUUACCUGGAAAAGUUUGGAACUUUGAUCCGAAGGUGUUGGAGAAAAUUGAGAACUUUCCACUGGAUGGAGAGGAUGUGAAGGCUGUUUCUGAUGGGACCAAUGUGUUGGAAACGAUUCGAAAUGUACAAAAUGGAUUGGAAAUGAUGAAGACGUUGGAUGUUGAGAAUUUAGGAAUCAAAGACUCCUGGGACCUUUUGGAUUCUUCAUUGUCACAGUUUUUUGAGAUUCUGUCAAGCCAAAAGAUUUGGAAUUCAUCCAAUGUUUCAUUUCCAACCAAUCUUCCAAUAGACACAAUCAAAACAUUCAUCGAAGACGAGUAUCAGGAGAAUCAGAGAAAUGAUAUUUUGAAUUUUCUAAAAGAAAUUCAAAUAUUGAAGACUGAUUUUCAUGAAUACCCAAAUAAAUUGGAGAAGAUGAAUGAGGCAAUGGAAAAAAUGAAAAGAUGGGAGGAUGAAAAAAUGAAUCCAGUGAAGACGAUGGUUGAUUGUUUUGAGAUGGAAUGUAACGCCUCAUUGAAACUUCCCGAAGCUUCCAACUAG